AUGUCGGGAAAAACGGUAUAUGCUACUCUCUUAGUCGGAAUUCGAAGUCAGUGUCGUUCAAAGAAUGAAAUCAAGAAGUACAAACAAUUAAAGAAUGCUUUUAAUGUAAGCCAUAAAAUAAACACUUAUAGGUAUUAUUCAGAUAAGGAGGAAAGCGAAGAAAAGAAAAACCGGCUUGAGUUCAAAAAAGAAUCGAAUGAGCGCAUUAAGAAACUCGAAGAACUGAUUGAAGAUGUAAAAUCUAUGAAGCCCUAUACAGAUUUGACCUUGGAAGAAUUUAUGGAAUUACGGCCAGAUAUCCCUACUCUUAUCAAUGCAGAUGGACGUCCUAGUUAUUGGCCUCAUACAGAAGAUGAACAAUCGCUCGAAACGCCAGAAAUUCUUAUACCAGAUGAUGAUGCAAUAGUAGCCGAACAACAGGCAAAAGGAACUGCAAAAGGUGUUUUUCCUGCAAUGUCUGAUUCAUCUGAUAAAGAGUCACUUAUAAAUGAGAACAAUAUUGUCGCUUCAUCGGAAACAAAGCUUGGACAAAUGCCUGCAAGUGUACAGAAUGGUACAGUUCCUACUAAUCCUGAUCAAAUGAAGACAACAGCUGAACUGCCUACAGCAAGAGAAACAGCUACUCCACAAAUACCUGUAAAUGUACAGGACGGUGAGUUUCCUAGUCAACCUGAUCCAAUGAAAACAACAACUGAACUACCUACAGAAACAGAAAAUCUCACUACUAAAUCAGAAACAACUCCUUCACAGGCACCUGUAAAUGUGCAAAACAGUGUGGUUCCUAGUCAGUCUGAUCCAAUGAAAAUAACAACUGAACUACCUAGAGAAGCAGAAAAUGUUAUUACUGCAGGGGAAACAAAGUCCCAGAUAAAGCCUGAAAACAAAGAGGAAGUUGUAAUUUCUUCACCAACUACUCCAUCGAAACCAAUAACUGCCUACAUGCAUGGAGUUGAGUGUGACUGUCCUAAGUGCACCGCUAAAAGGAAAUUGAACCUUUUAAAAAGCCCCGAUAAUGACGAUGAUAACAACAAACAAAAAUAAUUUUAUUUUUAGAUUACAUUAUAAA